AUGAGGGGUCCCCUCCAGGAGCCUGGGGAGAAGCAAGGCCAGGAGCAAGGGGCAGCGGCGGCCUCUGGGCGUCCUGCUGGGGUCCCGGAGGCCGAGAAGUGUGCGGACGCGGAUUCGGACUCCGACCAGGAGACAGAAGCAGGCGCCUGCAAGCCUGGCGAGCUGGGCAAGGACACCCUCUACCUGAGGUCCUGCCGGGCCCACAGCGUCGUGCCCGCCUCCUGCUUUCUGCGCCAAGGGAGCGCCCCAGAGCUCAGCCUGCGGCACCGAGGCCUGGGGCCCCAGGGGGCCCGGGCUCUGGCCCGUGCACUGACCUCCAAUCCCUACAUCAAGCGGCUGGACCUUCGGGACAACGGACUCUGCAGGGCCGGCGCAGAGGCCCUGGCGGGCGCUCUGAGCAGAAACUGCAGCACCUGUGAUGUGGACCUGUCGGAGAACCACCUGGGAACGGAGGGAGCCCGGGCCGUCUGUGCCGCCCUGGCGGUGAGCCCGGCUGUGCAGAGGGUGCAGCUGGCAGGGAACGGCCUGGAAGAGCAGGCGGCCCAGUGCCUGGCUGAGCUCCUGCUGGCCCGCACGGGCCUGAAAUCCCUGGAUCUGAGCUACAACCAGCUGAAUGACCAAGCAGGGGAGACGCUUGGACCAGCCCUGGCAGAAAACACAGGACUCACGGAGCUCAACGUGAGCUGGAAUCACCUGCGAGGCCUCGGAGCCGCAGCCUUUGCCAGAGGACUGGAGGCAAACAUCUUCCUGAGGGUCCUGGACAUCUCGUACAAUGGCUGUGGGGAUUCUGGAGCCUCUGCGGUGGGGGAGGCGCUCAAGACCAACAACGUGCUGGAGGAGCUCUACAUGAGCAACAACCGCAUCUCUGUGGCAGGAGCCCUGAGCCUGGGCCUGGGCCUGCGAGUCAACCAGACACUGAGGAUUCUUGCUGUGUCCAGGAAUCCCAUGCGAAGUGAAGGCUGCUGUAGUGUGCUCAAGUCUGUCCAGGCUAAUCCACAGUCCGCACUGGAGCUUCUGGACUUUUCUGAUAUCCAGGUGAACAGAGAGUUUGAUGACCUCGCCAGUUCAGUGAAGGUCAUUCUUCCAGGGCUUUGCAUAAAGACGGGUGCCCGCAGAGUGGAGUACAAAAAAGAACUGCUGGCCGUCUUCACACCAUCUGAGUGA